AUGGGUGUUGUAUCAAACCCGACUUUCAAAUCGGAGGACAGCCAACCAGGCACGUGCAAGAGUCGCCAUGUCAUGAAAGAAUUUCUGCGCAAGAGGGACUCCAUCCGACGCCAGAAUCAGCUGGCCGCAAGAUCACAAAGUCGCGUCCUACCGUGGCUGCGACGGGAGGAUAUGGUGCGGUCCUCAGAACACGUCGACGACUUUGGAGAGGAUACCGGAGCCGCGUCUGAGUCUUCCUUCGAGUCCAUCUCCACGGCUACCUCGCCGCAACAUUCGCAUAGAACAUGCGCAAGCACGGCAUUCGAAAGUCGUUCUUCAUUGCUCCUCACUUCGUCCGCUCCAGCAAACGACAACGUCAACCUGCGCAGAUCGCCAAAUUCGUCAGAAGUUCGUCAUAAACAUCAAGAGCUUCUGGACUAUCUAUUUCGAGUUGUGAUACGUCGCAUCUCUGGAACAAAUCAAUUCUGCAACAUCUCGUCACCUGCCACCACCGUGGCCCGCCACAUCCUCAAUCGUCCUUUACCAGCUCAAUUUUUGCUCGCAACAUCAAGUCUUAGUCGAGACCUGGACUCGGGCCGUCGCUCUCCGACCUCAGAAACUAUCGGGCUCAUGCUGAAUGGUAUCCGAAUGCUGAAAGAGCGGAUCAAUACACCCGCAGGGCUGUCCGAGGAAAUUAUCUUAGCGAUGGUCAACCUUUGGAUGUAUGAAGCCGUGUUGACCAUGGAUGUGGUCGAUGAUGGGCCCGAAAGAGAGCCCACUCAGGGUCGGCAGCUUCCGAAAGUUGUCCCUGGCGGCAUUCAAACCCACAUCGAUGGGUUGGAACGCUCAAUAAGCCUUCUCGGCGGCCUGAAAAGUCUUUCGCCAGUUACAGUGUCAUUGCUUGCUUGGUGUACGUCGACUCUUCCCGGCUAUUCAACGAUCGAUAUGAGAACGACAUAUUCUUCACAUAAGGAAAGAAGAUCAACUGCCUCUAAUUCCUGUUUCGCACGGCUCUUGGAUCGGUUGACGAAGAUUCAGAUACUUUCGACGGCCACCUGUGGUUCACAGCCCAGUAGUUUCAUCCACGAGGCAGUAUUCACUUCUCUGAGGAGGACGUUGCUUCGGUUGACACAGACAUCGGGCGAUCAACGGACACCAAUGCGGAGACUGAUGAGGUCAGCUUCGUCUGUGUCGAUACUGCUCUUCAUCUUUGACAUCCUCCUCGGAGGUAGCGAUACUGCACUUCGCGAACCGAAAGAGCGGAGGAACGAGUUGAUGCAGGCUCAAGCUCGAUUGAUCGAGCAUAACCUUGACAAAGAUGGAUCACCGGAGAAGGCAUGGCAAGUUCUCUUGUAUCAAGCGGAUACUCCACAUUCGCGGCUUCACUCAAGGACAUGGUCGAUUGUGGAGAUGGUGAACGUAGUCAAACAGCUGAAAGGCUCGACGAUUGACGCAGUGUCUCGGUUGCUUUUGAAUUGUCUUCUUCCGGAGACGCGCGAGGAAUCUGAGGAGUCCACUUACGGAGGGAUCGUGCUGCAGAUACAUCAUGACUUAGAUUGCCUUGCAAACUUGUCAUGA